GUUAGAUGCAUAUAAAUGGGUACAAACCCUCGUCCUUAACCUAUCGCCUCAAGGGUUUUUGGUGGAGCCGGCGACGGGAAUUCACGGUAGCAUUUUUGACGUAGCUAAUUUGCAAUAGAAUGGCUCCUCCUGCAAAACCUCCUGCUAAGAAACCUGAUGCCAAGGGUCAGGCCUUGAAGGCAGCCAAAGCAGUGAAGUCCGGGUCCUUCACACUGAAGAAAAAGACAAAGAAAAUCCGAACAUCUGUUACUUUCCAUCGACCGAAGACACUGAAGAAAGAACGUAAUCCAAAGUAUCCUCGCAUCAGUGCAGCACCAAGGAACAAGUUGGAUCAGUAUGAGAUCCUCAAGUAUCCGCUGACCACUGAAUCAGCUAUGAAGAAGAUUGAGGACAACAACACCCUCGUCUUCAUAGUGGACAUCAGGGCGGAUAAGAAGAAAAUCAGGGCAGCCGUAAAGAAAAUGUAUGACAUUCAAGCCAAGAAGGUUAACACGUUGGUCAGGCCUGACGGAACAAAGAAAGCAUAUGUGAGGCUUACGCCAGAUUAUGAUGCAUUGGAUGUUGCAAACAAGAUCGGCAUCAUAUAAAUUGGCUCGAUCAGUGGCCUGCUUCUGUUUUCUUGCUUCCUUUCCAGGAAUGUUUUGCGAUUAUGGAGUUUUAGAUGGAUGGGAAAAUUUAUGCAUCUUGUAUUCAUUCUACCCGUUAGGAUUUGUUAUCCUUUUUAUCAGUAUUUUGAAGUUCGUAA